AUGAAACCUACGCUCUUCUUCGGAUGCUUCUUGGCCAUAGAGGCCGCCGCGAGCUGCUCGUGGAAGCCGUCGACGGUCAAGAUAGACACACACUCGCACUUCCUCCCCGACUUCUACGCCCAAGCGCUACGGGAUGCCGGGCAUCUGCCCGGCCCCGAUGGGAUGCCCAGUAUACCUGAAUGGUCGCCCGAGGCGCACCUCUCGUUCAUGGAAUCGCAAAACAUUGAAAAGUCCUACCUGUCCAUCUCCAGCCCGGGCGUCUACCUGUCCGUGCCGUCGCGCCCCGCGACGGAACAGGCAAUCUCGCUCGCGCGCAGGGUCAACGAGUACGCUUCGCGCUUGAAGGCCGAGUACCCGGACAAAUUCGGCUUCUUCGCCUCUCUCCCCCUGCCCGACGUGGCCGCGUCCGUCGACGAGAUCACCUACUGCUUCACCAAGCUGGACCCGAAGCCCGACGGCGUCGUGCUCAUGUCCAACGCGUACGGGCUGUACUUUGGCGACCCGGCCAUGGACCCGGUGUACAAGGCGCUCGACGCCCUCAACGCGACCGUCUUCGAGCACCCCGCCGUCCCGUGCACCGAGCACAACCAUCAGCAGUUCCAGAUCGACGGGCCCGACCCCGGCAUCACGCCCGAGAAGUGGCUGGCCCUCAACAGGCCGAUCGACGCGCGGAUGGGGCGGGCGCCGACGCUCGACUUCCCCUUCGAGACGGCCCGCACCUUCGCCGACCUGUUCUACUCGACGGUGCCGACCAGGUUCCCCUCCAUCGAGUGGAUCAUGCCGCACGCCGGCGGCGCCCUCAUUCCGACGAUUGAUCGGAUCGUCGGCUUCAGCACGCCCGAGCUCAACCUGACGGAGGCGUCGAUGAAGGCCACCCUCGAGCGCAGCUUCUACUUCGAUCUCGCCGGCCCGUGGCCCGUCACGUCGGCCAUCCCGGCGCUGAUGCGCUGGGUAAGCCAUGAGAAAAUCGUGUGGGGGAGCGACGUGCCUUUCACCCCGUGGGCCGUGGCGAAGGUCGGGGCUGCCAAGUUCGAUAUUGGAGUAGCGAAGGUCUUCAACAGUACGGAUGACGCCCAAGACGUCAGGAGGUGCAACGCCGCAAGGCUAUUUGGAUGA